GACUGCAUGUACUCAGAGCUGGAGAGCAGCCGUUGUGGAGAUUGCACGACUUCAGGGAAACCUUUGUGUCUUAGAGUCUAGGGUUGCAUUUCAUUAGUUAGAGUGAUCUGCGGUGCCUUGUGCCAGCUGACAAUCAUCAGAUGCAUUGGCCAUUUUACUAAUGAAGCAGAGGAUUAUUGAAGGAGCUAUAAUUCAACUGGAGACCUGUAUUUGUCAGAGGAUUUAGGAUUUUGGAGGCUGUUCAGAAUUGCUCCUUCUGCAUGCUGGGAGGGAAAACCACACCUUUGCACCAGAAGUCCAGGAAUGCUCUCUGACAGAAUUGGAAUGUAGAUAGCAAAACAGAUGGUUGGCAUUUUUCUGCCUUAAUUUCAGCAAAAGAGAGAGAUUCUGGCAAAAGGAAGCCAAAAGAUACAACUUUAAGAUAUGUGUAUUAAACACAAAGGUUAUCACCCAGCAGGCACGCAGUGGCAGUAGCGAUUUAGCACUUGGAUCAGUGAAUUUUGGAAUAGUGGAGUUCAGCUUCACAGGAAAAGAGAGUACCUGCAUGUGAUUACUCCUGGGACCCAUCAGCUGUUCCGGUAAUUCUCCAGAAUGUGGAAUUUGUAAAACAACCAGACAAGUGUGUGCUGCCUAUCACAGAUAGCAGGAAUCCCAAGAACGUGCAGGAUUUUCUCUCAAAUUCCAGUUGCGUGUGCUUCCUCUUCCAGUUCCUUCUCUGGGGGCUAGUGGAAGCAGGAAAAGAGGUCAGUCCUGAAAUACAAAGUCAAAGAGGAGGAAUUUGUGACUAUGGAGCAGAUAACGCCCAUUGCUCGUUGUUCUUUGCCACUCCCCCACCCCCCUCACACUACUGUGGAAAGUAUGAUUAAAGUCAGCCCCUCCACCCCGACUGUCUGAACCAUACAUACAUGCACAAAUGCCAGAUUCUCUUCAUUCCAGGCUGCUGACUUCAAGAAGGACUUGCUCUGACAAGCUGGAAAUGAGGACUGGCAGCUUUGUCUGCAGCUCAAAGGCUUUAUCUCUCUUAGACACUCUUCCUAACGUUUCUCACAAAUACUGUUCUGCUGGUAGGAUCUGCUGUAUACACAGGAUGCCAUCAGCUACUUAGGAAUAAAGUCCUACGUUGUGUAACUCUCAUUAGAACAGGCAAAGAAAACUUAACAGAGCAAUUGGCAUCAGGCCCACAGGAGAGCUUGCUCUCCCUGUGCUUCAGCCUCAUUAGCUGGGGAGCAGUAGAAAGAGUCAGCUCAGCUUUUUGAUUCUCUGUCCACCUCCCGCAAGGGAGCAGGGACUAACGGUGUUCGUUUGACCAUGGAGAGCGCCCUGACGGCCCGCGACCGCGUCGGGGUGCAGGAUUUUGUCCUGCUUGAGAACUUCACCAGUGAAGCAGCAUUCAUUGAAAAUCUACGGAAACGCUUCAAGGAGAAUCUGAUUUAUACAUACAUUGGCUCGGUUCUGGUGUCUGUUAACCCGUACAAGGAACUGGAAAUCUACAGUAAACAGAACAUGGAGCGAUACCGUGGUGUCAGCUUCUAUGAAGUUUCUCCCCACCUCUACGCUAUUGCAGACAAUUCGUAUCGUUCUCUGCGCACGGAGAGGAAGGAUCAGUGUAUUCUGAUAUCUGGAGAGAGCGGGGCUGGCAAAACAGAGGCCACCAAGAAGAUCCUGCAGUACUAUGCCGUGACCUGUCCAGCCAGUCAGCAGGUCGAAACAGUGAAGGACCGCCUGCUGCAAUCCAACCCUGUCCUGGAGGCCUUUGGAAAUGCAAAAACCCUCCGGAAUGAUAACUCCAGCCGAUUUGGGAAAUACAUGGAUGUGCAGUUUGAUUACAGAGGGGCUCCUGUUGGGGGCCACAUCUUGAACUACCUCCUGGAAAAGUCUCGAGUUGUGCACCAAAAUCAUGGGGAGAGGAACUUCCAUAUUUUCUACCAGCUGCUAGAAGGAGGGGAAGAGGACUUGUUGAGAAGGCUGGGCCUUGAAAAGAACCCACAGCAGUAUCACUAUUUAGUAAAAGGUCACUGUGCAAGGGUCAGUUCCAUAAAUGAUAAAAACGACUGGAAGGUUGUGCGAAGAGCCUUGUCCAUCAUAAGCUUCAAUGACAACGAGGUGGAGGAUUUGCUGAGCAUUGUAGCUAGUGUUCUGCAUCUGGGGAACGUGCAGUUUGCUGCUGAUGAGCAAGGAAAUGCUCAGGUCACUACAGAGAACCAGAUUAAAUACCUGGCACGGCUUCUGGCAGUUGAGGGCUCUGUUCUGCGAGAUGCACUGAUCCACAAGAAGAUCAUAGCAAAAGGGGAAGAGUUAAUCAGCCCUCUGAACCUGGAGCAGGCAGCCUAUGCAAGGGACGCGCUUGCUAAAGCAAUAUAUGGACGCACUUUCUCCUGGCUGGUGAACAAAGUUAACAAAUCUCUUGCUUACAAGGAGGGAGAAUUUCCGGGCUGGAGAAGCACGACAGUUCUAGGAUUGCUUGAUAUUUAUGGGUUUGAGGUUUUCCAGCACAACAGCUUUGAGCAAUUUUGUAUUAAUUAUUGUAAUGAAAAAUUGCAGCAACUCUUCAUAGAGCUCACGUUAAAGUCAGAACAGGAGGAAUAUGAGUCAGAAGGCAUUGCGUGGGAACCGGUUCAGUAUUUCAAUAACAAAAUCAUUUGUGAUUUGGUGGAAGAGAAAUUCAAAGGCAUCAUUUCUAUUUUGGAUGAAGAAUGUCUGAGACCUGGGGAUGCCACAGAUACAACGUUCUUGGAGAAACUGGAGGAAACUGUGAAGAACCACCCUCAUUUUCUCACGCACAAGCUUGCUGACCAAAAAACUCGCAAGUCGCUGGGGAGAGAGGAGUUCCGGCUUUUGCACUAUGCUGGAGAGGUUACCUACAGUGUUGCAGGUUUUCUAGAUAAAAACAAUGACCUUCUCUUCCGGAACCUGAAGGAGACCAUGUGCAACUCUGAGAAUCCUAUCAUAAAUCAGUGUUUCGACAGGACGGAGCUGACAGACAAGAAGAGACCUGAAACGGCAGCAACUCAGUUUAAAAACAGCCUCUCUAAACUCAUGGAAAUCCUGAUGUCCAAAGAACCCUCCUACAUCCGUUGCAUUAAACCUAACGAUGCUAAGCAGGCUGAUCGAUUUGAUGAAGUUCUAAUCCGACACCAAGUGAAAUACCUGGGGCUGAUGGAGAACCUCAGAGUGCGCAGAGCUGGGUUUGCGUAUCGAAGGAAAUACGAAGUUUUCCUGCAGAGAUAUAAAUCACUUUGUCCAGAAACGUGGCCUACAUGGGAUGGACGGCCCCAUGACGGUGUGGCUGUGCUGGUGAAACAUCUUGGCUACAAACAGGAAGAAUACAAAAUGGGACGAACAAAGAUUUUUAUCCGCUUUCCCAAGACUUUGUUUGCAACGGAAGAUGCUCUGGAAGUGAGGAAGCAGAGCCUGGCAACAAAAAUGCAGGCCACGUGGAGAGGUUUCUACCGUCGGAAGAAAUUCCUGCACAUGAAACACUCAGCAAUAGCCAUCCAGUCCUGGUGGCGGGGAACCCUGGGCCGCCGAAAAGCUGCCAAGAGGAAGUGGGCAGUACAGACUAUCAGAAGGUUCAUUAAAGGCUUUAUUUACCGGAACCACCCUCGCUGCCCAGAGAAUGAGUACUUCCUUGAUUACAUCCGCUUCUCCUUCCUGAUGAACCUCAAACGCAACCUACCAAAGAAUGUCUUGGACAAAUCAUGGCCAACCCCUCCUCCAUCACUCUGUGAGGCAUCCCAGCUCCUGCGCCAGUUAUGCAUGCAGAACAUGGUCUGGACCUACUGCAAGAGAAUCAGCCCAGAGUGGAAGCAACAGUUGGAACAGAAAGUAAUUGCCAGUGAGAUUUUUAAGGGUAAAAAAGAUAAUUACCCUCAGAGCGUUCCUCGACUCUUCAUCAACACACGGCUUGGUAAUGAAGAGAUAAAUGCUAAAGUCCUUCAGGCUUUGGAAAAUGAAGCAAUUAAGUAUGCAGUUCCUGUGAUCAAGUAUGACCGCAAAGGAUACAAAGCGAGAUCACGGCAGCUGCUUCUCACCCAGAAUGCAGUCAUCAUUGUUGAAGACUCCAAAAUCAAACAGCGGAUUGACUAUGCCAAUCUGACAGGCAUCUCCGUCAGCAGCCUGAGCGAUAACUUGUUUGUGCUGCACGUGCACUGUGAGGACAACAAACAGAAGGGAGAUGUUGUACUUCAGAGCGACCAUGUGAUAGAGACGCUCACAAAGACAGCCAUGCGGGCAGACAAAGUUAACAACAUCAACAUCAACCAGGGCAGCAUAAAAUUUACAGUUGGUCAAGGCAAAGAAGGCAUCAUCGAUUUUAUAUCAGGAUCAGAACUGCUUAUAGCCAAAGCCAAGAACGGCCAUCUAACCGUGGUUGCACCUCGUUUGAACUCUCGAUGAUAGAUGUGCCACCAUCACAGAACCCAUUCCUCCAUCAGUCUGACUGCACCCCAUACAUUGGCUGGACAUUGCUCCCAGCAAACCCCCCGCCGCCUCCCUUGCUUUGCUCAUUCUGUUUAUUGUUACCAAAGACCUGCACUUUCAGAAAACCCACAAAACGCAUCUUGCUUUCUUGUCUUAAUACAAAAGUUCCAAAAGAAAGGCCUUCUCUUCCUUACCUUAGUGGCAAACCACACGGGUCCAACACGAUGUCCAUGAAACCGUGGCUCAUGGAACCUGCUUGGCCGGGCUUUGAGAGGUAGUUCUGACUCUAUUCAAGUUUAACCCUUGAUGGAAACGACCAAAAUUUGUGCUUGAAAUCAUCAAAAAGCACAAUCAGAAGAAACACUGCUCGGUCGGCAGUCAAUGAGAUGCCAAACUUUAUAUUCAAAGUGUUUUAUGAACGAUUUUGAGAUGUUUUGAUGCUUUAUGUUACAAUAUUAAAGCCAUACUGUGUAAAUGAGUAAAACCCUGUAAAUACUCUAUAGCUGAAUAUGAGAGAUGUACUUUGAGAAAUGGCACUGAUGUGGAAACUUAUGUUUUAGAUUUGGAAUUUUUGUUGUUUUUAAGUUUAUGAACAGACUGUAUUAACCUGAGCAACCCAUCAUGUAACGUCACUCAUCUGGAUACAGCAGCUUUUUUCUUCUUUUUGCAGUCACCUCUCCCAUUUCUUGCUGUAUAGUGAUAUUUUUAUACUGUAGUAUCAUAACCACGUAUCACAGCCAUGCAGCCAAACAAAAUCUAAGUAACACAAACUGCAGAGGUCAUCACUUCAUGUGCCUCGAGGCUGUAAAUGCAACGUGCAGUCUCAGCCACAGGCUGUGCACGUGAGCUGUGUUCCUAUCUGCCUCUGAGCAGCACCUGCCCAAGAACUACUUUUCCCCAUCUAAAGUUUUCAGGGAUAACUGGAAGUUUGAGUUCUCACAGCAGAGCUGCAGUGUCUAUCAACAACUCUCACAACUGCCUUAAUGGGGAAGAGAUGGCUCCUUCAGUGCCAUGGCCUCGCCGAGCAGCCAGCCAUCUUCCCACAAGAGCUGUCAGCACUAUUCUGACCCCAAGGCUGCAAGAAUGCCCUCAGGUCUGGAGCUGCAUCACAGAAGUCAACACUGAGCACUUUCAUUUAACAACAAACCCAAACAGCCCCAUGGUGGGCAGCUGUGUGUCAAAGUUCCAGCUGACCACACAUCACAGCUCCAGCUUCCAUUUCCAAGUUCCAGACCUUAGUAGUGCAUUUUGCACUCAGUCUGCCUUAGAGAUCUUUCAUGUGCCACCCCAUCCUGCUGCUGUAGCUCCAGCAGUCACACUAAGCCCUGAAUAACACGUAACCAAACACGCUGCCACUGACAGAACCAUCAGCUCCAUCUCAUUUUUUGUUUGACAUUAUACGGUUACUGAACACUGCCCCAGGCCUGGAAUGCUGUAUACACUGUACUACGUAUACAACCUAUUACUGUAUAUGCUAUAUAGUGUAUAUACUCUACAAUGCUGUAUACGCUCCUAUAUAAUCUCUUCAAGACUACACUAAAUAAAUUUUUAUGAAGGAAACUUGUCUUUACCAUA